AUGUCCCUCCCCACACGCAAAAUAGGACAAGUCGCCGUCUCUGCACUGGGCUACGGGUGCAUGGGCAUCGCGGCCUUCUACGGGAAACCUCUCCCUGACGAGGAUCGUCUAAAGGUGCGUGUCCUCGACGCGGUAUACGCGUCCGGCUGUACGCUCUGGGACACGGCAGACGUGUAUGCUGACUCAGAGGAUCUUAUUGGAAAGUGGUUGAAACGAACAGGGAAGCGUUCCGAUAUCUUCCUCGCAACCAAGUUCGGCAUCCGCUCUGGUGUUCCUGGAAAGGCCUCGCAUGGCGACCCCGCCUACGUCCGACUGUCGUGCGAGCGCUCUCUCAAGCGGCUCGGCGUAGACCAGAUUGACUUGUACUACUUCCAUCGCCCGGAUCCGACCAUACCUAUCGAGAAGACUGUCGGCGCGAUGGCUCAGCUAAUCAGCGAAGGCAAAGUGAAGUACAUAGGUCUUUCCGAAUGCUCUGCCGAGACUCUCCGGCGCGCGCACGCCAUCCACCCGAUCGCCGCGCUGCAAGUCGAGUACUCACCGUUCACGCUCGAUAUCGAGGACGACAAAAUCGGACUGCUCAAGACGGCGAGGGAGCUUGGCACGACCAUCAUCGCGUAUAGCCCGCUUGGGCGUGGUCUACUGACCGGAAAAUACAAAGGCCCCGACGACUUCGACCCGGACGACUUCCGCAGGAAAAUUCCACGCUACUCACAAGAGAACUUCCCCAACAUCCUCAAGAUCGCCUCCGGGCUCGGACAGAUCGGCGCGCGCCACGGCGCGUCCGCGGGCCAGGUCGCGCUCGCGUGGCUCCUUGCUCAGGGCGAGGACGUCAUCCCCAUCCCUGGGACGACUAACAUCAGCAGGCUCGACGAGAACCUGGGCGCGGCGAAGAUCACGCUGACUCCUGAAGACGUCGAGGAGGUGCGCAAGGUUGCGGAAAGCGCAAAUGCGACGCAGGGCCCACGGUACCCGCCGCUCCUUAACAGUGUCCUGUUCGCGGAUACGCCCCCGCUCGAGGGGUGGGUGCCCCAGGAGCAGCCGAAGCCUGAGGCGUAGAUAUGAACCUGGUACAGGAGCGACGACGAGUUGUCGUUUGGAGAGCAGUGACAUGCGAUGUAAGUACUGUAACGGUUUUGUAUUACGUCACGAUCCCUCGACGCAGUGCACCCUCUCUCUGUGAGCCCUCGGACCU